CACAAAGAAGGAGGAGAAGGAGGAGGAGGAGGAGGAGGAGAAGGAGGAGGAGAAGGAGGAGAAGGAGGAGGAGAAGGAGGAGGAGAAGGAGGAGGAGAAGGAGGAGGAUAUCAAACUUUAUCUAAGAGUCAAGAAGUGGAGUGAGAAGAAACUCAAGGAGAGACACAGAACAGAAGAAGUCUGGGAGAGAAAAACUGUAAAGAGACGUGUCUGAACACCGAGAACAACCAUGAAAACAGAAGUUACUGACGUAGACAGGAACUGACAAACAAGACCGUCUCCAGAACCUGAACAGAACCGGACCGUGAGGAAACAGGCCAAGAAAAACUCCACCUCUACAAACCGAGGUACCUUAAAGACGAUCUGGAGAAAGAUGUUCAAACUGGAGACGUGAUCUUCGGUCAGAUGAGACCAAACUGGAGCUCUUCAGUCAGAGAGACGUUACUGAUGUUCGGAGGAAGAAGGAGCGGCGUGUAACCCCGAGAACUCUGUCCCUACAGUCAAACACGGAGGUGGGAGGAUCCUGCUGUGGGGAUGAAGAAGAAGGAUACAUGAAGACUUUGAAGAAAACCUCGAGCAGUCAGCAGCAGAACCGGGUCUGGGUCGUCGCUUUGUGCUCCAACAUGACAACAAAACAUCCAGAGGAGCGACGUCCAGGAAACCAAAGUGACCUUAGAUACUGACCGGCCUGGACCAAGUCCUGACACUGAGAACCUGAGGGCUGCACUGAAGACCAGGGUCCAGGAAGACCAGGGUCCAUGAAGACCAGGGUCCAUGAAGACCAGGAGCUGGAUCUGCCAAAGAGGACCAGGAUUCCUCAGGAGAUGAACCGGAGCCUCGUUACAAACUACAGCAGACGACAGCGUGAGAUCAUCCUGCAAAAAAAGGACAAACAGCUGACCGUCAGCCUGAGGGGGGGGAUAAUUCUGACUCUGGUGGUUUUUGGUUUUUGUGAAAUAAUUUAGUUUCUGUGUUUAAAGUAAGGAUCUAAAAUGAAACCAGGAUGUUUGGAUGUUUCUGUCUCCAGUGGUCAGAUCUCGAUCCUGAAGGCGUUAAAGUUUUUACGUUUUUGUAAAAGUACCACAGCGUGGUAACAUCCUGCUCAAGUUUAACUCUUCAUGGACCCAAACAGAGUCUAGGGCUGUGUCCGAAAUGGCAUACUGCCUGCUAUCUACUUACCUACUCAAGCAGUAGCUACUGCCUACUGACUACUCAAAGAUGAUUUGAGUAUGCCGCAGCUGCCCGAGCGUUUACACACAUACAUACUAAAAUACCCCAGAAUGCAUUUCGUGCCGGCCGGACGCAGCGCCGGGAAAAUUUAAAUAGUCCUACCACAAGCAACACAGAACGACUGCAUCCCGGACAAAUUAUAUAAAUUCAUUCAAUAAUAAUAUUUUUUCUAACGAGAAAGUAAGUGUUUACAUCACGAUUAUGAGCCCAGUUGUUUGAAAUAGCGGCUGUUUGUAAAUUUGUCUCGGCGUUUUCGGAGACCGAAGCGUCCACUUGGUGGGUGUUUGCGUCUAUUUACCGUAAACACCGGGCAGCAGCAGCUCCCCCUUCAUGUUUCCAAAUUAUUGAGAAGUGUUUUCAUAAUCAACAUCUACACGACACAAACCGGGCGGCAGUGGAUGAAGAAAAUCACACAAACAUCUGUGUAUCCAUGGUGAUAAUGCUAUACACCACCUGCUGGCCGUGUGAUGAGCAGCAGAGGGCUGCAAAAUGACCAACACACAACAUAAUUAUUAUGACCUCGUUCGGUUAUUCCUUGGCAAAUACAUCAUUUCCCGACGACAUUCUUUUCAUGUACAAUGAUAAUUUCAGAAAUCAUCAGAUUUUCAACCACAAGUAAGAAUUAGUAAAGCUCACAUAUACAUUGUCAACUGGAAACUCCCCCGUUUGUAUAUUCUGAACCAUGUGCUCUCUACCAAUAAUAAUUUUUAUUAAUCAGAGGUCUGUGCUUAAUAUGAGUGACCACUUUGAUGAUGCAUUCAGAGAUGAGAAGAUGCUCAAACUUGAUGUAAUAAAUACAUCUUUAGUAGACACUUAAAUAAAUAAAGUCAAUUCAUACGAAGAGUUAAAAACAUGACCUAUAAUCCUAAUUUAAAAUACAAACAAAUCUGGUAAAAAGAUCAAAAUAUGAUAAAAUGAUAAAAAUUGUGUAAUGUAUACUGACUAAAUAUUGUUUAUCUAUAUAUAUAUAUUAUUGCAAUCAUAUGCCAUCUAUUUCUUUUCAGCCUCGGGAAGGAGGGCCAUAUUACCAGUUGAGGUGCGCAAUGCAUUGUGGGGCAGAAGCAGUACGUGAAGCAAGCUCCGUUGCACACUCAGAAAUCGAAGCCGAUUGAGUAUACAUCAGGGCAUUUCUCGCAUACACAAAAUUCGCAUACUGUACAGUGUGAACGCACUGCUUACUCAAUUCAGAGGUGGCGUUAGUAGGAGUAGUAGGAGUAGUAGGCCAUUUCGGACACUGCCCUUAAGUUUCCUCACCAAAGUAGCUCUGAUC